AUGACCACCUGCUGCGGUACUUGUUCUUUCACAGCCUUCGCCCGGCUCUUCGAGCCGUCCCGGUCUGGAGGGGGACGCCCCGCCGAGCGGCCGCAGACCGCGCAGCGGCGUUGCCCGCCGCCUCCGCCGGGCGACUCUCUUCUGAAGAGCUUCUGCGACGAAGUCCUUGGCGGCGGGGCCUCCCUGGGCAGCCUCUACGCCUACCUGAACCUUUCGGAGGCGUUGCUGGUGCUUCGCCCCACCUGUCGUGCACUGGCGCUGGCAUCCAAGGCUACUCCCCGACUGAGGGCGCCGCUGUCAAUCGAGCCCGAGGACAUCGAGGAGCUGGUGGCCCUCCAGGGCCUGCAGCACACGAGCCACACGGGCCACGCGGGGCACGUGCACGCGGGGCAUGCAGGGCAUGCUCCGAGCCGCCAGGCUUUGGCGAAUGCGAAUGCCCCCGAGGCAAUUCUCCGGAAGGUAACACAGCUGCUCCGCGCUGCGAACUCCGUAGCCAUGUCUCUGUCCGCCAAGGCGCCGAGCCUGGCUGGGCGGCUGUUUCGGUUGGCCCUGCCGUUCGGGCUUCCCAACAGCGUCAUCCGCGCUUGGGGAAGGGCCAACCUCCUCGCGGAGCUCACGGAGCUCCACCUCCUGGGCUCCGGCGGCCCCUCCGAUGCAGGUCUGAUGCACCUCGCCAAGCUGUGCCCAAAGCUCAGGCGCCUGACGCUCCUUGGCGGGCAAAGCUCGGCGGCUUCGGCACUGCUGCUCCAGGCACAGUCCGAAGGUGCCAUGAGCGACGACUGGUGGAGGGGCUUCCGCUGCACCAGGCUCUGCAUCCUUCCCCGGCUGCAGCACACCAAGCUGAAGGGCCUCUCGGUACAGCGGGUGCCCUCGUGGUUCUGUGGCCACUGGAGCCCUGUGAUGCCAACAUGGGGGCACGAGGUGCACUGCUACGACUCGCUGGGCCGAUUUGUGUGCCUCCGCAACGGCCUCGUGGAGCGAAUCGGGGUUGUCCGGUCACUGCUUCCCUCGCAGUUUGGGAACUGGUGGGAGCUGGAGAUCUCCUUCUUGGCCCGGCAGGACACCCCGAGCCAGCUGGUGCUCCUCCUGCCCCUCAGCGGCGAGGGCGCCCAAAACCCGGCGGGCGCCUGGGAGCCCUGGGCAGGUGUACAGAAAGAGCCUGCCAGCAUCGUUCGGGGAGCCAUGGCGCUGCCCUCGGAUUGCUGGAUGCCCUCUUCCGUGGGUCGGACCCAGCGACGGCGUCCGCGACCGCCCCCGGCGGUUCCCACACCCCGGCCACGGGCACGAGUGGAGGAGAGCUCGUUGGGCAAAUAUGGGGAGUUGCAGGAGCUUCAGGGCGUGGACCGGAAAUGGCGGGGGUUGAUCUUGUGGGGACGCACCUUUUGA